AUGCUAUCUGUAGAACACUAUACAGAACAAGUGAGAACUUUGACUCAACAGGGCAUCGAAACCUUUGAUCGAUUUAUGGAUGUAAACAAAUUUCUUUUUUACAUCUUAGGAAUCAUACGAUAGAGUCAAUGGAGCCAUUGACUCCAUUAACAAUUAAAUGUGUUUAAAGCCAGUUCCUGAAUAGAAGAAGGACUAAAGAACAAGUACCGAACUUGUAAAAUUACCGGAUGCUGCGAAAGUGAAGAUAGAAGUGAUAAUCAUUAUCACUCCUGAUGAGACCAAAUCAUUUAGGUAAAAAAGAAGUUUAUUAAUUACUUUAUAUAGACGUGUGUAAUAAUAGAAGGUAGAAGUAGUAGUACAGGAAGAGCAGGAGGUAUUUGAGAGAUAGGAGGAUCUCUUUUAAAUUUUAUCUAAUGCUAAUUAGAUUAUUAUUGAUGAUGAUGACUCAUCAUCAAUAUACAAGAAACUCUUAGAUAUGCUCAAGAAGGAGUAAAUCAAAGAUUUUGUCUCAUAUCUCUAAUCAUUUAAAUAUUAGGAUCAAAUGGAAAAGGAGCAAAUGAAAAAGAUAAUUAAUAUCCUGAAGAAUUUAAAAGAUCAUGAAUUCAAGUUGUAAGACUAUUCCCCAGAAGCUUUUGAAGAGAUAAAAAAGGAUCUGAUGAAUAAGAUAUAAGGUGAUAAGAACAUAAUGGAGUUAUUGAAAUUUUUAGUCAUGCUAUCUAGUAUAGAUGAUCAAUUCAUCUAAUGUGGAUCCAAUUCACUUCAUAUGUUGGUAAUGAUGAAGGUAGAUAUGAGAAACUAAUCAUUUGAGAAUAUCAGGAUGAAGAAUACAUCUAUAAUUGGAGGUAACUUUGUUCGAUGUAAUAUGAAUGGAUCAGAAUUUGAGAAUGUGGAUAUCAGCGGAGUCAAUUUGAAUGGAGCUUAGAUGUUCAAUUGUAAAUGGAAGAACAUUUAAGUCCAUGAAUUGAAUAAACUGGAUGGUCAUACACGAUCAUACUAGUAGUGUCUGCUCAGUCUUUUUCUCUCCUGA